AGUAAUAUGGCGGUCCUGAGGGCAGAAAUUAUUUUAUGUUUGUGUGUUUAGUGCAAAUAAAUUGCCCAAAUCUCAAACUGACAUUUGUAUAGUGUUGUUGGUGGGAACCUAUACUUUAAAUGUUUUCCUUGCAAAAUGUCCAACGUCCAACUGUUUAUGCAUGUCUUUUCACGCUACAGAAGUGCCUUAGAUCAAUUUGCUCAAAGAGAGGGCAAUUUGAUUAUGAUUUAAUCGUUAUUGGUGGUGGUUCAGGGGGGUUAUCUUGUGCCAAGGAAGGUGCUGCCUAUGGAAAAAAGGUUGCAGUCCUUGACUAUGUUUCACCAUCUAUACAGGGUACAAAAUGGGGUCUGGGAGGAACAUGUGUGAACGUUGGUUGCAUACCAAAAAAAUUGAUGCACCAAGCUGCCCAACUUGGAGAGUCAAUUCAGAUAUCCGAUAAAUAUGGUUGGAAUAUAGGUGACAAUGUCACACAUUCAUGGGAAACCUUAGUGCAGAAUGUCCAAAACCAUGUGAAAUCUUUGAAUUGGGGCCAUCGUGUUCAACUUCAUGAAAAACAGGUGAAAUAUUUCAAUGCCAAAGGAUCAUUUCAAGACAAACACACAAUAAAACUCACAGACAACAAAGAAAAAGAGACUCUGAUUACAGGAGAAAAUAUAGUGAUAGCUGUUGGCGGAAGACCUAGAUAUCCUGAAAAUAUAAGUGGGGCAAUGGACUAUGCAAUAUCAAGUGAUGACAUAUUUUCUCUAUCAAAACCUCCAGGAAAGACGCUUGUCGUUGGUGCUUCAUAUGUUGCUCUUGAGUGUGCAGGUUUUUUAACAGGUCUUGGUUUUGACACAACCGUUAUGGUCAGAUCCGUUUAUUUGCGUGGUUUUGAUAAGCAAAUGGGAAACUUAGUCGCAGAAAAUAUGCGUGAGAAUGGAACGCGAUUUAUUUCAUCGUCAGUUCCUACGCUUAUUGAAAAGAGACUCGACAACGGACUGCUUCGAGUGGAAUGGAAAAGUUUAGAAAAUGGCAAUGUGAAUGAAGACAACUUUGAAACGGUUUUUUUUGCUAUUGGUCGUGAGCCAGAGAUAAGAUAUCUUCAGUUAAAAAACGCUGGAGUCGAAGUCGAUAUCCAGUCAAAAAAAAUCAUCGUUGAUGAAUUUGAAAGGACCUGUGUUGAUAACAUUUAUGCCUUAGGAGAUGUUAUACAUAAUCGUCCUGAAUUGACGCCAGUAGCGAUCAUGGCUGGCAAACUUCUCGCGAAGAGAUUGUUUGAUGGCAGUAAUAAACUAAUGGAUUAUAAUAAGAUUCCAACGACCGUUUUCACACCCUUGGAAUACAGUACAGUUGGACUUUCCGAAGAUGAUGCUGUUGAAAAAUAUGGAGAAGAUAAGAUUGAAAUUUUUCAUGCUUUUUACAAACCAUUGGAAUAUACUGUUGGGGAGAUAAAUGCAAAUCAGUGUUACAUCAAGGUCAUAUGUUGCAGUAAAAAUGGUAAAAUAUUGGGCAUUCAUUUUCUUGGUCCUCAUGCUGGAGAGGUUAUGCAAGGUUUUGCUGUUGCACUUAGUUGUGGUUUGACCUAUGAUCAACUGUGUUCAUCUGUUGGUAUUCACCCAACAAGUGCAGAGGAGAUUGUCAAAUUGAACAUUACUAAGAGAUCGGGGAAAGACCCACAUGUCACAGGAUGCUGAGGUUAGCUUCACUCUGAAAAUAUGUUGUCUAUAAAUAGAUGUUGACAAGCAUUUUCAGAGAUAGGAUCAUAACGAAACACUUUAAUAAUCUAGUUUACUAUUUAUGAAAAGUCAUUUUGAAACUCUCUGUGAAAUGGCUUGGAAGUAUGGUAUAGCAAACUCCAAAUUUGCAAAACUAUUUAAUUAAUUAUUAAUGUAACUAGGAGUUUUUUGUCUAUUCACCAAAGUGAUAAAAAUAUAUAGUGGAGAAAUGACUCUAGUUUUUCUCCAUCUUAUUUAUUAUUACUGAAAUAUAUCUAAAAUGAGCAAA